AUGGCUCAAUACAACAACUCCGUUCUAUCGCUGACGACAGUCACCACACCAGACCCUUAUGUCACCUACUCGGCAGCAACCCGCCAAUUCUAUCUCGUGAGUGGUGACCCAAAACACAACGCUCGCAUCAACGUAUUUCUGACCGUUCUANNGACGUUCACCGCGGGUGACCGGAUAGAGAUCUGGAGAGCAAACAGCUUACCAAACUUCCACGAUAAUCCAGAAAAGCAUGUCAUUUGGAGACCACCACCAAACACGGAGCAUUCGAACGAUCUCUGGGCACCUGAGAUCCAUUGCCUGAGAGGCAGGUGGUAUGUUUACUACGCUGCUUGCCAUCCCAAACACGGAAACAAGAGUCACAGAAUGUUCGUGCUCGCUGGACCACCAGCAGACCAAGACCCCGCUACUGGAUCAUGGGAGUUCGUAGGACCCAUCAGAGGCAUGGGACAGCAGCAAUGGGCUAUCGAUGGCACCGUCAUUGAGCUGCAUGGGCAGUUGUACUUCGUCUACUCUGGAUGGCCAUUCGACAACCCUAAUGAAUCAGACCUUCAACAGCAUCUUUUCAUCCUGCGGCUGUCUGACCCGGUUACCGCGUCAUCAGACCCUGUCGAGAUUUGUAGACCGGACGAACCCUUUGAGCGCGUAGGAGACCACGGUAUAAACGAAGGACCGCAGUAUCUUGCCUCUCCGGAUGGCUCAUGGGUCGGUAUUGUCUACAGUUGCUCGGGUAGUUGGACCAACGAGUACAAGAUGAACUGCCUCCGCUGGACUGGCGGAGACCCCCUUAGACCUGACUCCUGGCAGAAGAGCAUGAAGCCCUUGAUUCAGAACGGCCCACACGGCCAUGGCCCCUGGGGACCUGGCCACGGUUCCUUCAUGCACAUUGGCGACGACACAGUUGGAAUGAAGGCUAGGAUGCAACGAGUCGUCUUCACACCGGAAGGUCCUUGGAUGGGUGAUGGAGUGGGCACUUUAACCACGUCCAUGGCAGCUUUUGUAGGCAACGAGCAUCCGCAGGCGGAAGGAGUUAACAAGAAGCACGGUCAUGGUAUCAGAGGCUUUUUGCGCAAGAUCAAGGACGAGCUUUGA